GCGAGCUUUGCAGUCGUCGGCUCGUCAUCGUACACCGAUUUACCCGUACACUCGCGUACAUAAUUAUAUAGUAACGCAUUUAAAAGUCAGUGAACGCGUUCUGUUUAAUUGUUGUUGUUGUUGUUGUUGUUGUUGGUCGUGCGUUUACGUUAUAAAAAACCGGAGCUGGGGAUCGAUGAGCCAUCGCCGGUGUGAGCCGCUGAUCCAGCUUCCGCGCGGAUCGAGUUUGGCGCCUCGAUCUUUUUGGGAUCGGUUGCCGGUGGUGCAACUCGCACGAUAAGAGGAGAGAGAGAGAGAGUUGGUCCGCAGUGUAUUUUUGUUGGGGCCAGAAGGGAAGAAAAGGAAAAAAAAAAAAAAAAAAAAAAAAAAGAGAGAGAGACUGAUAUAAAAAAAAAAAAAUAAAUAAAAAAAAAGUGCACGGACGGCGCGUGAGAACGCAACAAACAGGAUUUUCCAGAGCCUCGUUGCGAGGGGACGGGCCGAUAUCAUGUCCGCGAAGCGAAAGGCCACUGCCAUCAUGCAACACCACAAGGAGAACAUUUCUACUCCAGAGCCAGCCGACAUCUCGGAGGAUGAUCACUACUCGAGCGCGCUGAUGAAGGACGCGGACAAGCUGAAGCUGAUGCUGCUCGCGUGGAACUACAGUCUCCAGCAGCAGCAGGUGCCGGGCUCGCCGGUCCAGGCGCUCGCCACCCAAGCCCAGCAGCCGGCGCCGGCGCAGCAGCCCACGGUGGCCCCGACCAACGGACCCGCCGCCUCGCCCACCGGCACCAGUAGUCCCGCGGCCACGGGUUGCCCCAGUGCCGGUGGCAGCGCUACGUCGGCCAACGCCGGCCAAUCGGUGGCGUGUACGGGCAACGGCACCCCUACAGAGUCGCGCAACGGCAGCGUGGAGCCAGUUGGCGAGCCGGUCCAGGGUGCAGCGGCGGUGGUAGCGGCCAGCGGUACGCCCGGGUCGGUGGCGGGCGAGGACAUGGCCUCGCUGUGGGCGUCGUACACGAUGGGCAUGAAGAAGACGCCGUCGACGCCACCGGGACCGCAGCCGCCCGGCUCCGGGACACCCUCGCGGGACAGGGAGUCGAGCCCGGCGGGCGGCGAGGCCGGCAGCGCCCACGACGAGACCAGCAGCAGCGGCAACAAGGAGGACGAGGACGACGACGACGAGGACGUGGACGAGAGGCUGGACCCCCGACACCACGACCCGGAACGCCUCAAGGCCUUCAACAUGUUCGUGAGGCUGUUUGUCGACGAGAACCUGGACCGCAUAGUGCCGAUCUCGAAGCAGCCCAAAGAGAAGAUCCAGGCCAUAAUCGACAGCUGCACGAGGCAGUUUCCCGAGUUUGCCGAGCGAGCGCGCAAGCGGAUCAGGACCUACUUGAAGAGCUGUCGGAGGAACAAGCGGGGCAGAGAGGGCGCACCCUGGGACGCGGCGAGGCCGACUCCAGCCCACCUGACCUCCGUCCAGGCGGAACAGAUCCUCGCUACGGCUUGCGAGAACGAGAGCGACAACGCCAAACGCAUGCGAGUCGGACUCGAGCCGGUCUCCCAGCCCAUGCCGACUUUGCCCGCAGCCACGCAGACGGACGUGCGAGCGAGCAUGGAUCACUUUGCGAGCAGCAGCAGUAGCAGUCCGGCAAAGGCGCUGCCGGCAAACAAGCGGGAGGACACGCCGCCCGCGAGUCACACGUCACUGGCGCCCCUGACCAGCUUGACGAGUCUACCCAGCGGCGCCAGCCUGGCCUCGGCGCCCCUCUCGCUCGCCCCGACCUCGAAGCUCCUCGCCACCGACGCCCAAAAGAGCCUCAUGAGCCAAGCGACGGUCGUGAGCUCGUCGACGGCCAACGGGAUCGGGAGCGCCGCGGCGGCGGCCGCCCCCACGGCCAUGUACAGGCCGAACUUCAGCCAGGCGUUUCAGCGCGCCGGGCCGACGACUGUGCCGCCCACCCUCUCGGCCGGCCUCUACCCCACGCAGAGCUUCACCUCGGGACUCCUCAGCAACGGUACAACGCAAAGGCCCACGGACUUGAGCAUGAAGAACAACGCCAAGCCGCUGCUGAGCCACAAGCUCAACGCGACGGAAAUGACGGCGGUGCGCCAGCUGAUAACCGGCUACCGGGAGUCCGCGGCCUUCCUCCUGAGGUCGGCCGACGAGUUGGAGCAGCUGUUGCACCAGCAGCCGUAGGCGAUCCGCAGUCCUUUGUCCCACGACCUGAUGCUCGCGGAUCGGGAAACUGCUACUGGACCGACAAGGUUUUUUCCUCUUGCCGCGCAGCAGUGAGUUGUAACUGUGAAAACGGCGUGCGGUGGGUCAUGUUUACUUAAUGAACUCGACGACCUGUACACCGGGGCUUGCAGACGAGUGCGGCCGAUCGAUCGCAGCUAUAUGCUUCUGUAUAUAUGUAUGCGUGCACAUGUGCGUGUAUAUCGGUGAUCCAAAGUCGUGGCAGAGCUGUAUACGGCUCGUUUUUUUGUGGCGGACAACAAUUAUUGAUGCAUUUUUACGCGCACAAUGGAGACAUGGGGAGUUCUGCGCUGCACCCUUUUGAGCGCGCCAGGCGUCCAACGAUGCCGUUGCACGUUGUACUUUCCACCCCCCCCCACCCCUCAACGUAACAAUUUCACGUUUCAUGUCAUUGAGAGUCAACUCGUACUUUUAUGUGGUGCAGCAGUGCGACCUUAUGGGUGCACCCUUCAUUCAUCAUCAUUAUUAUUUUUAUCGACGUUUUUAUUGCAAUCGUAUGCCUUUUUUUUUUUUAUCAUCAUUAUU